AGUCCUAAUUUGAAAUAUUUCUAAAAGUGAAUAUAUCCCAAAUUUGUACGUAAUUUAGAUCUAAUAGGCUUCCAACAAGGCCCUAAAUAUACUUAUGCAGCCCGCGAUAACUUUUAAGGUUAUACGGGUUGCCUAUUAUAAGAAGAAAACAACAAAAUAAAACCCGACACGAGAGAAACGUCAAAACGGCUCUUCGUUUUAAAUAAAAAUGGCAGUCGAUGGUAGAGUGAGUGUGUGAUGCAUCUGUGCUGACUAUUUACGCGUUUUUUCCAAUUUUUUGACUCAUAAAUAUGCCCGUGUUGUGUGAACGGUGUUAAGUGACGAUCCCUUCCUGCCAGAUGAUCGCCCCCAACAUCCGUUGUUCCAGAGUUCCCAGUCCCAGCUGAUUCAUUGUUUAAGUUUACCUGCCUGAGUGAGGUUUCUCCGCCGUUGCUCUUUUAGGAAACAAAGAAGAAGAGGAAGUUUUAGCGGCAUCUACCUGUUUCACUCUACUUUGAACAGGUGAUUCAAAGAUAUUUCUGCUGGUGGAUUGCUGCGGAAACGGUAGCGGCGGUGUCACGUUGUCAGGAACUGCCUGGGUAUUUAGGUUCAGUGUUGCCAGGUCUCAUGAUUUAUCAUGAGAUCUCAUGAUUUUGACUUACAUCUCAUGAUAUCAUGAUUUUGUCGAAAAAUCUCAUGAUUUAAAAAAAAAACAAAGAUUUAAAAUCGUAACUCAGAAUAUUAGUCGUAAAAAUAAAAAUAAAAUAAAAAUAACCUAAAACUACAACUAAAUGUACACAUAUAAAUAUCAUAAAGCCUUAAAUAAUAUCCGCACAGCCCGAUAUAAACGGGAAAUACUGACGAGUAUGGGGAUUCCCCGAGAUUCUCGGAUAUUUCUACGGGCUAUAUUUUUCACGAAGUUUUAUGCAUUUGCUCGUGUAUUUGGUAUUGUAAAGCAUUAUUUGUGAGUUGAAAAUAAUUAAAAAAUAUCAGUGACAGUGAUUCUAGUAGUUCUAGUAGUAGUACAUCCAAGAGUAUAUCUCUUUCAGGACCUAGCAAGAAAAGAAAGGUUUAUAAGCAAAAUUUUAAAAAGGAAUGGAAAAAUAUACCGGGUUUGCAAUGGAUCGAGAACAGCAGAAAGGGGACAGGCUUUGCCUGGUAGGUAUUUAUGAUAUUUUAAGUUAAGGUACUUUCUGUAAAAAUAAGUGCAAUUUGGAUUUAUUGAGUACAAAAUCUAAAUUCACUUAUAAUAAUGUUAAAUCGAGAAUUAAAUGAUAAUAUGAGUUACUGAAUCGUAACUAAUUAAAAUUUGCUUUAAUGCGGAUAUAUAUAAUUUAAGGCGAACAAAACUUUUAUUUUAAUGGAGGUAAACGUUUUUUUUUUUAAAUUUAAGGUGCGAUUACUGUAAAUGUGAUGUUAAGGUAUCUGCAGGGAAAACCCAACUAGUAAAACAUUCUGAGACUGAAAAGCAUGUUAAAGCUUUGCAGAGAGCAUCAAUGGGCAAGCAAAGUCAAGUAAAAAUAAGUCAAAUGUUUGCAGAAAGUUCUAAAAAAAUAAGCAUUGAAGAAAAAGCGAAAGAAGGAAUUAUAGGAACUGCGGGGUUUCUUGCCGAACAUAAUCUCCCUAUGAAUUUGAUGGAGCAUUUCAUCGAUUAUCUCAAUGCUGUAGGCACUGAUUCAGAUAUUGUCAAACAAAUGAAAUGUAAACGAACAAAGAUGUCAAGAGUUUUACAAAAACUUACAGGCUUGUCUCAAGAAUCUUGGCUACUUGGCCUAAUGAGGGAUAAUAAAUUUAGCAUUAUCAUAGAUGAGUCUACUGAUAACUCGUGCACCAAACAUUUAUGUUUAGUUGUAAGAAUGUGCAUUAAUUUUGACAUUGAAGACAACUUUUUGGCGUUAAUCCCAGUAGUAGAGACCACAGGGGCUGUACUUUAUGAAAUUUUAAUCAACUUCCUUACCGAAAAUGGUGUUCCAUAUAAGUCAAACUUUAUUGGCUUUGCUUCAGAUGGAGCGAGCAACAUGGUUGGCGUUAAUAAUUCUGUGGUCAGUCGAUUGCGAGAAAAUAUUCCAGGUAUAUUCAUAAUGAUAUGCAUAUGCCAUAGCUUUUAUUUGUGUGAAUCAUAUGCAUGCCACAAGUUGCCUGAGGAAGUGGAACAAUUUGCGAGAGAAGUAUAUAACUAUUUUUCAAAUAGUCCGAAGAGAGUGGAAGAAUAUAAGGAAUUCCAGGAAUUUGCAAAUGUCUCAAUAUCGAAGAUUUUACAUCCUAGCCAGACACGUUGGUUAUCUCUGGAAUGCGUGGUUAAAAGGCUUCUUAAUCAAUAUGAAGCUUUGAGGUUGUAUUUCGUAGAUCAGGCGUCUCUUAAAAUCAGUCAAGCAAAUAUUAUUUUAGAAAAACUAAACACGCCCGAAAAUAAAUUAUACUUAUCAUUUUUAUCGCAUGUACUACCUAUUUUUAAUAGCUUAAACAAAUUAAUGCAAAGCGAAUCGCCCAAAAUUCACGUUAUUUAUAAAGAGGUUGCUAGAACAGUUAAAACAAUUUUAGAUUAUUAUAUUAAGGACGAAUAUCUAAAUGCCAACAUUGAAAAUAUAGAUUUUAAAGACCCUAGACUUUUUUUAAAUUUAAAUGACAUGUACUUUUCUGCCCACAUAAACUCUGCCGAUCUGGAGAAAAACCGACUCGACAUGGUAAAAUUAAGAUGUCUAGACUUUUAUAUUGAGAGUGUGGAGCAAAUAUUGUCAAGAUUUCCACUUAAAAACUCUGUGUUUCAGAAAUUAGAAUUUCUAGAUCCUGAGGUAGUUAAAUCAAGAAAAAUCAGGUCUAUAAGUAAUUUUUCUAUGUUGUUUCAAAAUUUAAUUCCUGCUGAUAUGCAAGUUAUUGACAAUGAAUGGUUGUUACUUAGAAAUUAUGAAAUUAAUUUUACCUGGAAAGGUAUUUGCGAUUUUUGGGGUAAAAUUGCUAAGAUUAAAUGUGUGGAAAAUACAGAAUCCCGGUUUCCCAAUUUAAGUAAUUUUGUGUUUAAUUUAUUAACUUUGCCGCAUUCCAGUGCUAACGUAGAGAGGGUGUUUAGUCAGAUAAAUUUAAACAAAACAAAACAGAGAAAUCGGUUGAAAACUCCUAUGAUAGCUGCUAUACUGCACACCAAAAGUUUAGUGGGCAGAGAAAACCGUAUUUGUUCAAAUUUUCCAAUAGGAAAAGAUUUGCUUAAAAAAUUAAAUAAACAAAUUUAUGAUUCCGAUGAGUCAGAAUAAAAUAACGGAUAUUUCGGAUUUUUGUUUUUCAGUUAUUUAC